UUUCAACUAUUCUUUUUCGCUAUUUUUAUUUUUAUUAGUUUUCAGAAUAGGCCGAAUAUAUGCUCUACUAUUUUCAACUAGUGUUUUUUAAUCAAGCUGCUAACUUUUAUUUAAAAUUAUAUACAUUUAUAGAAAGAAUGCAUAUUUUUUUUAAAAAAAAAAAAAUGUGAUCUCUCUCCCUUUUAGCAUUGAUUUGUUUGCAUGACUUAAAAGAGGAGCCACUAUGAUGUUUCCUUUUCAAAGGAGGCAUGCCAAGGUCAAGCUCACUUUAGGUGCAAGAUCCUCAAGCCCACAACUACUGGGCAAAAUUACCAUUCUAUCCCUAUUCCCUUUUUUUGUUUUUCCUUUCUUAAAUGAUGAUUUUUAUAGGUGAUUCUUUUCAUGGUUAAGUCCACAUAAUCUCUGCAUUUCUCUGAGAAGACGAGAAAACGUAUAUUUACUCUUAAUUCUUUUUGACCCAAUAGUGUUCGACAGCUUUUAAUACUAAAGAGCUCCUUAGAUUUUGUUCUGUGAUAAAUGUUGCGAAUAUAUGAUGUGAAAUAUUAUGCUUAUGACAUUUUACAUGCAUGUAGGUGGUUUAUUAUGCAUGUGAAAAAUGUAACUCGCCAAGUGAUUCUCACUUAAAAUUUGUAUUGCCAUCAAAAUUUUCCAUGCUCAAGCCAAUAAUGAAGCAAGAUAAGAUUCAAGAUGUGGUGGCCUUCUACUUUAUAAUGGUUUGUUUGGAAACUGAUUAUUUCCUAAUCAAUUAUUCGUUAGAUUGAUUUUUUGCUUAAUUUGGUAUAAGAGUUAGUUUUAUGUCUCUCAAUCAUAAACAAAAUUGAUUCAAACCCUUAUAUAUAUUUCUUACUUCUCCUUUCAAUGUACAUAAUAUGGUUCACUUGAUCUCCGUCGUGCACGUGAGUGGGUUGUAAAGUGUUUAAGACCAUUUCUAAACUGUUUUCUAUCAUAUAAAUUUUUAGCUGAAUGGUAUGAUGCAAUCGCUGGAAACAAAUAUCGGGUCCUUUUAUGUCACACCGAUGAUGGAGGGAGAGAUUCAAGUAGAAUUUUAAUCGAAACCGGCGAUUCGCAACAAAUCAAUGAGGCACGAUUCGCGCUGUCUCAGGCAGCAGAAGCUGAGGAAGGGCUUGUGGUCUCCUGAAGAGGAUGAGAAGCUCUACAACCACAUCAGUAGAUUUGGUGUUGGCAGUUGGAGCUCUGUUGCAAACCUAGCAGGGUUGCAGAGAUGCGGAAAGAGUUGCAGAUUGCGGUGGAUCAAUUACUUGAGGCCUGAUCUCAAGAGGGGAAGCUUCUCUCAGCAGGAAGAGGAUCUGAUUAUUAGUUUGCAUGGAAUCUUAGGCAACAGAUGGUCUCAGAUUGCAUCUCAAUUGCCCGGCAGAACAGAUAAUGAGAUCAAGAACUUCUGGAACUCGUGCUUGAAAAAGAAACUCGUGCAGCAGGGAGUCGAUCCGGCGACCCACAUGCCACUAAAUGAGACUCUAGGAUCUCGAGAAGGGAAGCUCGAACCGAACAAUUCGAACAAUGUCGGUUCUUCAGCGCAUUUAGCAGCAACUGCAGUGUUUGAUCCCUUCCCUUUCGGCGCAAUCAGCGAUCAAUCAGCGAGCAAUUUGACCAUUUACAGCCAGUUAGAGAACUCGCAGAUUUGCGAUUUUAAUAGUGCGAUCGAUAUUUCAGAAAACUACGGAUACGGUAAGAGUUCAAGUGACAGCAGUAGCUGGAACUGCAAUGUGGGCUCAGAGAUGAACAAUGCACUAAACUGGGCUGCUUCUGAUAUCAGAAGGGAGGAGACAUUCGAAUACAAUGUAGAGAAUGGAGAAGAUUACAAUGGCUAUCCGAUAGGAUCGCUUUCUCGACAUCUUUCAGAGAACUGUUUUGAAUUGUCGCAAGGGGAGUUGGCGAGUGAGUUUGAUGUAGGCCUCUUUUGAGAUUCUCGGCAUUCAUUUUACGACGCUAGCUUGGAUAUUAUAAAGGCAGUGGAGGAUUUGUGAAGGACUAGAGGAUGGUCCCUUUUUCAUUUGUGCCCUUGCACCAAAUUGCAUUUUUGUUCUGUUUAUGUAGUUGUAUAGGGGAGAGAGUUAUGCCUAUAGAGUUUGAUUACAAUAAUUUCCAACUUGGUUAGUUUUUGAACA